AUGAUAAUGUAUAACUUGAAAUUAUCACCUAUCACCUUAGGAAAGGACCUCUCCCGCCCGAUAAGAUUCAAAAACAUCAUCAGAGGUAUCCGCUUAGCAAGGACGACUCCGGGUGAAUUCAUCAAUCGAUAUUUACCUGAAGACUUUUUUUACCGCUCCCGAUUUUCGUAUAUUCUCCAAACUCGAUUUAUUGAUUCGACUUCAUACUGGGCAGAGGAAUUCUUUACGAAAUAUGAAAAGUUUGCCAUGGAGGAAGUAGACAAAUUGAAGACUUCUUCCAAAGACAUCCGAACGGAACAACUGUCGAACGGUGGUGAAAUCAUCCCUACCAAUAAACUGAUGUCCGCUUAUUUACAGUGGGCAAAGCAAUACCACAUAUGUAAUGACUUACUUAGGGACUUCAUCUUGUGCCACAUGAAUCCUUUGAAUCCCGUGCACUCCAUCAGCUGGAGGCCUUCAUUCUUUCAUUUCAAAUUUGGUGACCCUAAACUAAAGAACUCUUUCAUCAAAUAUCUCUAUAAGAAAGCUUCUAGACUAGGAUUAACAAAGGAACAAGCAUAUUUCCGUGGUAAAUUUCAAUGGGAAUAUUCUAGUUUUUUAAAAGAACGAGAAAAGGCUAACUUUGCUAAGAAGAUUUAUUAUAAAUUUCAAGAUUGGAAAUAUGAUUCACAUCAGGCUUGGAUUGCGUUUAAGCAUAAGGUUUUAAAACUCGGAUCUCAAUCUCGGGCACCCUUCAGCUCGCGACUUCAAUCCAAAGUUCAAACACAAGCACGUUUCGAAGUGGUCGUCUCUGGUCGUCCCCAUUGA